CGAAUUUGUAGACCUUUUUGCAUGUUGCCUACGUUCCACCUACCAACCUCCUACAUAUUGUAUUUGUACAGUAGGCCUAUACGUGAUUGUAAAGACAGAAAAAAAGAUGACGAAAGCCGCUCCACGACCAUGUGACAGACAUGAUGUUGGGGAGUCUUUUUGUCGCUUUGCUGGUAUGUGGCACUGCUUUCGCCUUGUUUGACGCAAUGCUGGAACAGCACUGGCAGAUGUGGAAGAAGACACAUGGCAAAAACUACCAGACUGAGGUUGAGGAACUGGGCCGAAGGGAGAUCUGGGAGAGGAAUAUUCAGCUGAUCAGCCUCCACAACCUGGAAGCUUCCAUGGGCAUGCACACGUAUGACCUGGGCAUGAAUCACAUGGGGGAUUUGACCCAAGAGGAAGUUGCCCAGUCUUUUGCCUCUUUGCUUGUUCCUGCUGACCACAAGAGGGAGCCCUCUGCAUUUUUGGGAUCCUCUGGUGCCCCCAUACCUGAUACCCUUGACUGGAGAGAGAAGGGCUAUGUCACUUCAGUCAAAAUGCAGGGCUCCUGUGGUUCCUGCUGGGCCUUCAGCGCUGUUGGGGCCCUGGAGGGCCAGCUGAUGAAGACCACUGGCAAGCUAAUAGACCUCAGCCCCCAGAACCUGGUGGACUGCUCCUCUAAAUACGGCAACAAGGGAUGUGAUGGUGGCUUCAUGACAUGGGCCUUCCAGUAUGUCAUUGACAACAAUGGCAUUGAUUCUGAACAUUCGUACCCAUACAGUGGAGUACAACAACCAUGCAAGUACAACCCUGCAGGGCGUGCUGCUAACUGUUCCAGAUACAGCUUCUUGCCUGAGGGAGAUGAGAAUAUGUUGAAGCAAGGAGUGGCCACCAUCGGACCCAUCUCUGUCGCCAUUGAUGCCACCCGACCUCAUUUUGCUUUCUACCGGAGUGGAAUUUACAAUGAUCCAACUUGUACAAAGAAACCAAACCAUGCUGUCCUUGCUGUGGGAUAUGGUACCAUGGAUGGGCAGGAUUACUGGCUGGUAAAAAACAGCUGGAGCACAUUUUGGGGGGAUCAGGGAUAUGCACGAAUGUCACGCAACAAAGACAACCAGUGUGGCAUCGCCUUGUGGGCGUGCUACCCAAUCAUGUAACUCUGAAUUAAUUUGAAUUUAAUUGUUUUUUAGUGUUCUUCAGUGUUUGGGCUGGGAUUUUGCCAUAGCCGUGUUUAUGUAUUGUCUUUUAUUUUUAUUUUUUUUCAAUAUUCUUCCUUUGUCAACACAUUUCUAAUUCUGAAAGGUGAAAACACACCUGUGAAGGGGUUACACUGGAAGUAGUUGUACAUUUUUAUAUAGUACCCAUGACCAUUCUGGUAGAAGUUAUUGGUUUUUAUAUAAUACCCAUGACCAUUCUGGUAGUAGUAGUAGGUUUUUAAAUUGUACCCAUGACCAUUCUGGUAGUAGGUUUUUAUAUAGUAUCCAUGACCAUUCUGGUAGUAGUUGUAGGUUUUUAUAUAGUACCCAUGACCAUUCUGGUAGUAGUUGUAGGUUUUUAUAUAGUACCCAUGACCAUUCUGGUAGUAGUUGUAGGUUUUUAUAUAGUAUCCAUGACCAUUCUGGUAGUAGUUGUAGGUUUUUAUAUAGUACCCAUGACCAUUCUGGUAGUAGUAGUCGGUUUUAAAAUUUUACUCAUGACCAUUCUGGCAGUAGUUGUAGGUUUUUAUAUAGUACCCAUGACCAUUCUGGUAGUAGUUGUAGGUUUUUAUAUAGUACCCAUGAC